CACUCAGCUCCCAGACGCUUGCUAGCUAACGGCAGCCACUCCACAGUCCAGGACGGCAGGCACACGCUGCAACGCAGGCAAGAUGAGUUCAGCAGCUCAGCUGAAGCGGCUCAAGCCGGUGUACCAGUGCGUGGUGAACAACUUCCUCCUCGUGCUCGCCGUGCCGCUGGCCGUCGCUGGCGUCGUCAGCUUGGCGCGAGUCGGGCCUGAGGAGCUUCUCGCGAAGCUGCAAGCGCUCCGGCCAGUGCACGUCUUCCUGGCGGUGUUUCUCCCCGCCGCCGCGGCGACACUGUACCUGAUGAUGCGGCCGCGCGCCGUGUACCUGGUGGACUACGCCUGCUUCCGCACCAAGGCCAGCGGCCGCGUCCCGUUCGGCACGUUCCUGGAGCACGCGAAGCUGGUGACCUUCAUCGAGGGGGCAUCCAUCGACGAGCGCAGCGUCCGGUUCAUGACGCGGCUGCUGGAGCGGUCGGGGCUCGGGGAGGAGACCUGCCUUCCCCCCGCGCACCAUUACAUUCCACCGUUCCGGAACCUGGAGGCGUCGCGGGAGGAGGUGGAGCUGGUCAUCUUCUCCGCCAUCGACGACCUGCUCGCCAAGACGGGGGUGAAACCGGAAGCCGUCGACUUCCUGGUGGUGAACUGCAGCCUGUUCGCGCCGGUGCCAUCGUUCACGGACAUGAUCAUCCACCGGUACGGGAUGCGCAGCGACGUGCGCAACGUGCACCUCUCCGGGAUGGGGUGCAGCGCCGGGCUGGUCUCCGUGGGGCUGGCGCGCAACUUCCUGCAGACGGCUCCCCAGGGCUCGACCGCGCUGGUGGUGUCCACUGAGACCAUCACCCCAAACUACUACGUCGGGAAGGAGCGCGCCAUGCUGCUCCCCAACUGCCUCUUCCGCAUGGGCGGCGCGGCGGCGCUGCUGUCCACCUCCCCCGCCAAGGCGCGCUUCCGUCUCGCCCGCGUGGUGCGCACGCUGACUGGGGCCCGGGACAGCGCGUACCGGUGCGUGUACCAGGAGGAGGACGAGGAGGGCCACCGGGGCAUCAACCUGAACAAGGACCUCAUGACCAUCGCCGGCGACGCGCUCAAGGCGAACAUCACCGCCAUCGGGCCGCUGGUGCUCCCGGCGUCGGAGCAGCUGCUCUUCGCGCUGUCCUUCAUCGCGCGGCGCGUGUUUGGGAGCAAGGGGAUCAAGCCGUACCUGCCCGACUUCCGCAUGGCGUUCGAGCACUUCUGCAUCCACGCUGGCGGCCGCGCGGUCAUCGACGAGCUGCAGAAGAGCCUUAACCUUUCCGACGAGCACGUGGAGGCGUCGCGCAUGGCGCUGCACCGGUUCGGCAACACGUCCAGCAGCUCGCUGUGGUACGAGCUGGCCUACAUCGAGGCCAAGGGGAGGAUGCGGAAGGGCGACCGCGUGUGGAUGAUCGGGUUCGGGUCAGGGUUCAAGUGCAACAGCGCGGCGUGGGAGUGCAUCGAGCCGGCCCGCGACGCGCAGGGGCCCUGGGCCGACUGCAUCAGCCGCUACCCCGUGGACAUUCCGGACGUGCUCAAGCAUUGACGACGGUGAUCUCUGCAGCUACAGCCACACACACGCACGCGAAGGAUCACUUUUUUCUAUCUCAAUCCUAUCACUGUAGGUAAUUGCCUCCGAUGGCGGAGGACACGGCCGGCCGGCGUAAUGGCGGCCGCGGUGGCCGCGUUAAAUAUGCCGGAUCUACCUGACGCGCGCAUGUGAGGCGCCACCACGGCGGCCGGUGGUUGUGCUCCGGCAAUAUGGGGUUAAUUUUCCGCCCAUUCAUAUAUAGACGUAUCAUCGCUCGUGGUCCUCGCGCUUGUACCUUUUCUUCUUCUUUCCCUCCCGUCUACCAUUCUUCCUCCUCCCCGUUUUCUUGGGUCUCUCCAUAUUUUUCUUUUCUGUUUUUUCUGCUAUUUACUUAUCUGGAUUGAAGAAACACACCCAACAAGAAAUGUACUACUACGACAACUUUGACAAUCUUUAUAUUGGUGUACCAAGAAUAAUUUA